AUGUUUCGCGACAUUGGUAGCCUGUGGCGGCCAAUUUUCGGGAACAAAGAAGUCUGUGAUGGUGACCGUGAUGAGAAUGCGCCGGAUAUGAUUCUGGCGAUGGGACGCCAGAAAGGUGUAAAGAGGGAGUUCCUGUUCACCCUCACCGGCCAGGUUGAAAAGCUUGGCGCAACGUCAAGUGGCAUGUCUCGAAGCGGCCGGUUGGAUCUGAGAUAUCUGAUAGCCAACGCGAUGCAGUCCCUUGCUGCCCAGCCACUGGCUCACCAAGCGCAGAAUAACCGGUUCGACGACCACUACCUGCUGGCCGGCCUCAUAAUCCCUCACCUGGAGACGUUCCUGGCAGCGAACUAUGGUACCCGCUUCCUCCUGCUCGACUAUCCAGCCGAGCAUUUAGCUACGGUCCUGGCUAUUCAGAAAUUGGUUGGCGCGGCGGUCUUCAAGGUCGCCGGUAUAAUUGACUCCGAGGCGACUUCUCCUUCCCCAUCUGGCAUCUCAUCCCCGACCUCGAGCAGACACAGCUCUCACUCCGCCGCCCCGUACGGCAAUGCAGACACCAAUGGCCUGGACUCGUUCAACCUGCCGGGCUCCCCCUUCCCAGAUGAAAGAAUAAAGACAUCACUAGCCCACCAGAGGAAGUGCUCUUUCUCCGAAGCCAACUACCUCCUCACCAGCUCGGCCACCGAGUCCGAGAUUUCAGUCUUCAUCGCGACCAUCCUCAAGGACCUCACCGACGCCGACCCCUUCUACACGCCCGAGAUCAGCAUCCCUCCGCCCGCCCGGCCCGGCACAGCCAAAUCCACAAAGACCGCCGCCGCCCCGGGCCUGCCAACCCUGAUGAGCAAGUUCACCCUGCAGGGGCCCAACGGAUCGCCCGCAUACACGCACACCGCCGUCUUCGGCCCGCCAGCGAACCUGCCCGUGUCGCCCCCGUACACCAACGACGGGGACGGCGGGUCCGGGAGGAGCACGCCGCGUGUCGUCACGGCUCCUGGGGCCGCGGCAGCGGCGUACAACUUCCCCUUCCCGCCGCCUCCGGCCCCGCGGUCGCCCUCGCCGGCCCCAUCUGCCGCCAGUUCCAGGUCCCGCGGGCCCGGCGCUGGGCCGCGGGCGCGGGCGCGGUCGCUGACCCGGAGAAGGCUGGGGAAACUAGGUAACGAGGGCGGCCCUGACGAUGGGGCUAGCAUGUACGCCGUCAGUGUCGUGGAGGACGGGGAGUUCUAUGACGAGGAGGAGAAACGGCUGAUGCCGCUGUAUAUGCGGCAGAGCGAGUUGAGGAAGGGUAAUAGUCGAAAGGCUUUGAAGUGGCUUGGUUUGGCGUAA